UGACGUGGCUCCCGGGGAAGCGCUUCCCGGUAGUUGUGCUAAACUCCACCGGGCUCCUCCAUUCACUGGAGAUACCUGUGACAAAAAAAUAAAACAAAUCCCCGUGCUUGCCAUUAAAGAGUCGAGCACUUUGUCGUUUUGUGUGUGUUUUAAAAGAAAUAAGUAUCCGGUAGAAUCAGCCGUUGACUGCUGCCAGCCAUGGAGACGUGUAGUAACACGAACAAGAAGCAGAAGCUAGGCAACGCUGCCGAGAGCUGGGGAAUGCAACGCGCAACUAAUGUCACCUAUCAAGCUCAUCAUGUCAGUCGAAACAAGCGUGGGCAGGUUGUUGGCACGAGAGGAGGGUUCAGAGGAUGCACCGUCUGGCUGAGUGGUUUGUCCGGUGCAGGGAAGACCACAGUGAGCAUGGCUCUGGAGGAGUACCUGGUGUGUCACGGUAUCCCCUGCUACACACUCGACGGGGACAACAUCCGUCAGGGUUUGAACAAAAACCUAGGCUUCACCCCGGUGGACCGUGAAGAGAACAUCAGACGCAUCGCUGAGGUGGCUCGGCUUUUUGCUGAUGCUGGGCUGGUCUGCAUCGCCAGCUUCAUCUCUCCCUACGGCAGAGAUCGCCUCAACGCCAGGAAGAUCCACGAGGUAGCGGGGCUGCCUUUCUUUGAGGUGUUUGUCGACGCUCCACUGGAUGUCUGUGAGCAGAGGGACGUGAAGGGGCUGUACAAGAGAGCCAGAGCGGGGGAGAUAAGAGGUUUCACAGGGAUUGACUCGGAGUACGAGAAGCCGGAGGCCCCAGAUCUGGUGCUGAAGACCGACUCCUGCAAUGUGAACGAGUGCAUACAACAGCUUGUUGACCUGCUUCAGGAGAAGGAUAUAGUUCCCAUUGAUGCAUCUUACGAAGUGAAAGAGCUGUAUGUUCAGGAGAACAAACUGGACCUGGCUAAGGCUGAUGCAGAGACUCUGCCUGAUGUGCAGAUUGGGAAGGUGGACAUGCAGUGGGUGCAGGUGCUGGCCGAAGGCUGGGCCACUCCUCUCAACGGCUUCAUGAGAGAGAGAGAGUAUUUGCAGUGUCUUCACUUUGACUGUCUGCUGGAUGGUGGCGUCAUCAACCUGUCGGUGCCGGUGGUGCUGCCCGUGUCCGCUGCAGAUAAAGAGCGUUUAGAUGGCGUGACGGCUAUGGCCUUGGUCUACGAGCGCAGACGAGUCGCCAUCCUUCGCAACCCCGAGUUUUAUGAACACCGCAAAGAAGAACGAUGUGCUCGCCAGUGGGGCACCACCUGCAAGGACCACCCCUACAUCAAGAUGGUGAUGGAAAGUGGGGAAUGGCUGGUCGGGGGAGACCUGCAGGUUCUGGACAAGAUCUACUGGAACGACGAACUGGAUAAGUACCGACUGACGCCCACUGAGCUAAAACAGAAGUUCAAAGAAAUGAAUGCAGAUGCCGUAUUUGCCUUCCAGCUCCGCAACCCGGUCCACAACGGCCACGCUCUUCUGAUGCAGGACACCCACAAGCGUCUCCUCGAGCGAGGCUACCGCCGGCCCGUUCUGCUGCUCCAUCCGCUGGGAGGUUGGACCAAGGACGACGACGUGCCGCUGCCCUGGCGAAUGAAGCAGCACGCCGCCGUGCUGGACGAGGGCAUCCUGAAUCCAGACUCUACCAUCGUGGCCAUCUUCCCUUCGCCUAUGAUGUACGCCGGGCCGACUGAGGUUCAGUGGCACUGCAGAGCUCGAAUGGUGGCCGGAGCCAACUUCUACAUCGUGGGCCGUGACCCUGCAGGCAUGCCCCACCCCGACACAGGGAAGGACCUGUACGAGCCCAGUCAUGGCGCCAAGGUCCUCACCAUGGCUCCAGGCCUCAUCACCCUGGAGAUUGUACCCUUCAAGGUCGCCGCUUACAACAAGGUCAAAAAAGCGAUGGACUUUUAUGACUCCAAAAACCAUCGAGACUACGAGUUCAUCUCCGGCACACGAAUGCGUAAGAUGGCUCGCGAGGGAGAGAAUCCUCCUGACGGCUUCAUGGCACAGAAGGCUUGGGCUGUGCUGAAGGAAUACUACAAGUCACUGGAGAAGGAUUAAAGGUGGAGUCCCGGAUGAAACAUGGAAACACAGCGAUGUGUAACAGGAUUAAUGUGGGGACCACUCUUUCUUCUGUCAAAAAAAAAAAAAAAAAACCACGCUCUGGCUUCUGUCUGUCACUUUCACGCUCAACUGUCAAUCAUGAAUCUGGUCUCAGUUGGUUUUUAGUCUUACGACAUUUUAGUGUUUUAACUGUAAACUCCCUCUGAGUAUGAAAUAUAGAGGCCAGUAAACCGUUGAGUUGAUAUUUCAAGCAAACGAACAAAAACAUUUCUUUUAAAAUAGAUGUGUGAGUUUCCCACUCACUUUCUAACUGUAUAUUCUGAUCACUGGUUACAAAAGUAUUGUGUAAAAAAAAAACUAAAAUGUAACGAUCAAGAUAUGGAAAGUACUGUUGAC